GGAAGCUAAAGUCGCCUUAAAAAGCUGUUGUUGUUGUUGUGAGCUGAUGAUCGUCAGGCAGCUGAUGAUGACAAGCAUGAGACUGUGAAGUUGGGCUGGGAUCAGAUUAUCAGUUCUUCGGUUUGGACUGAGGAGCUGUCACAUUCUUACCUGUGCAGGUGAUCGGUGUGUCAGCGCAUUCGGGUGAUACUAAACAUUAUUAAAACAGGAGCGCUGUGUGUGCAUGUGUCCCUGUGAGUGUGUGUGUGUUUCUUUUGAACUUUAUCUGAUAGAAACAAGCUCAGAUCUGAAGACGCGCGCUUCGUGAGUGCGGAAGUGAGCGCAGUCAGUACCAGCUGUGCGUCGCGCUGUGUGCGGCGGUUCUGGUGUACUGUCGGUGAUUUUCUAGAUGGGUUGCUCCCUCUCAGCGGAGGCUCCGGACCGGCGGCCGGAGCAGGAGGAGGAAGAGGAUGCGUUGCCGGUGAGUCUGAGCGCGGAGAGCCGGGAGGCGAUCAGGAGCAGUUGGAGGGAGAUCCAGGAGGACAUCAGCAGGGUGGGCGUCAUCAUGUUCGUCAGGCUGUUUGAGACUCACCCGGAGUGCAAAGACGCCUUCUUCACCUUCAGAGACCUGAAUGAUGUGAACACCCUGAGGGCGAGCAAAGAGCUGAAAGCCCACGGCCUCAGGAUCAUGUACAUCAUCGAGAAGACGGUCGCCAGGAUCGACCAGGACGACCGUCUGGACCAGCUGAUCCUGGAUCUGGGCAGGAAGCAUUACCAGUACAAAGCCCUGCCAAAAUACUAUGAUCUUAUGGGGGAAGAGUUCAUCCACGCAAUCCAUCCGGUCCUGCAGGAGCGCUGGACUUCAGACCUGGAGGAGGCCUGGAAGGUAAACAGAGACUCUGUUCCUGUACAUCACUCGCACCAUGAAGAAAGGCUACCAGCAGGCCCAGAGGAGCCACAGCAGCAGCUGAGAGCAGCUCGUCCCAUCACGUGGCUUCAGCAGCUCAGGACGGAGUCUUUAAAUGACAAGAUGUGUAGUGAAAAUGUUGUUUUCAGCUCUCAUGUGUAACUGUAUGAAUGUUUAACAGCGCUGAGCUGUGGGCUUUUAUUUUGAAAGUGAAUAAACAUCAUGUGACGAGGA